AUGGAAACCCUAUUCGGAGCGUUGAGAGAGAGGAAGUCUUUGUUAGAGCGGUUGAAAGAGUGCAACUUCCGGUUCAGCUUCUCUGAGGAGAAGAUAGUCGUUGUCCUCAGAAGCUGGGUUUAUUUAUGUGCUCUUUUCUUCAUCCCGGGGCCUAGUCCUUAACCCUGGCCUUCCUCUUGGUCCCACAACAAGAGCUUGGCCUUGAGAGGCCUCAUCAUGGCUUCUAUAACAGACAAGUCCCUACUGUCUGCUGAACUUGAGGAGGAGGAGGAAGAGAAGGAGUUCCAGCAGCUUUUACUCCAGGCUUCUCAGAAAAUCCAGAGCUCGGUGCCCUCUCCAGCAGAGUUCAAGCCCAUCCGUCCAUUCCCAGGGUUCUGCCUUAAAAUCCACACAGUUUCAGGUGAGAAAGUCUUUGUCAAUGUCUGCAAGUCUCCCCACAUCCCUCCACCUGCCGACCUGACCAAUGAAGAACUGUCCUGCCUCAUUGAGUCCGAGGCAGCUUCCAACUUCCGGAUCCCGAUGAGCCUGGGGGAGCCGCACGCCGAAGUGGACAAUAGCAACAAUGGUUGCACUGCUUACGAUGUCACCAUCAACACCAAUUUUUUCAACAAAAUGGAGGGUAACAAGUUCCUCAAAGAGUUUUUCAUCACAAUUGUCUUGGAAGGACUGUCUGAGAAAUACAACUUGGACCUAACCAAUCAAGAUUGGCGAAUUCUGAAGAACAGGAAGUUUAUGGGCUCCAUAUCUGAGCAGAACAUCCGCACCAAAUCCAAGCUGAUCAUCCAGGAGAUGGAAAGCAGUGAAUCCAAGGAGAAAGCUAGUAAUGUUUGGGAGUCUUCUGUGUCAGAAAGCGCUGCCACCGUUCCUGAAUACAAGAUAGUUGCUGAGCCCUCUCUCAGUCAUCCUGACCGUCUAGUAGCAAAAAUCUGCCUUCCUAAAAUGACUUCAGUGAAAUCCCUUGAGCUGGACCUGGGUGAAGAUCGCAUUGUAUUACAGGGAUGCCCCAGACUGUACCAUCUGGACAUCUUCAUCCCGUACAGCAUUGUUCCCGAAGAAAGCAAGGCACAGUUCCACAAAGAGACCAAGAUCCUCACUGUCACAAUGCCCGUCCAACGCCCAUUGCUUCUGUCAUGAGCUCCACAGAGAAAAAGCUGGAAGAAAGAUAGUUUCCUCAGCCUAAGGACUUUUCUCCCACAGCAGAUGGACAGAGACCCAGGAAAGAUGGACAAAUGUGCUUGUCAAAUGAAUGGUGUUGGACUUGUGAAGUGUGACAGUCUCUACCGUGGGUAGCCUUUUUACUUGAGCUCAUGCAAAAAAGUUGGAACUGGGGAAAGUUAAUUUUUUAAAAUCACAACCUGUGGAAUUACUAUGGCUGGGCGGGACACAUUAAUCCAGAAAAAAAACCCACCAAUUUUCUGGGUUCUAAGUAAAGCAUGUUGGAUGGGAUCCACAGCUUGCCACCUUUUUCCUCCCACGAGUUCUGUUCUCAACUUCCUUUCCACCCACAACAGCUGCUGUUCUUUCCUCUUUCUGUUUCUCAGCCAACUAAUACAGUCUCCUCAUCUCCAUUUGCUUUUCUGCAGUCUGUUUUAUAACCCAAAAGCAAGCAACCUUUGACCCUUAGUUCAGGCAUGGGUAAAAUUUGGCCCUCUGGGUGUUUUGGACUUGAAGUCCCACAAUUCCUAGCAGCCUACCAUCUGUUAGGAAUUGUGGGAUUUGAAGUCCAAAACACCUGGAGGGCUCAGGUUUGCUCAUGCCUGCUUUAGUUGUCUGCCACUCUCUUCAUGUCUCACUAUUGGUCAACUUAGCUAUUACUGACAGGAAGUGGAGUUCGGCAACACUCACAGGGCUAUCGUUUCCCUCCAUUUGUGUUGAACUAUAUUGUAUUUCAGUUGUUGAGGCUAGUCCUUCCCUUUCAUGAGGUUUAACUUCAUGCUUUUCACCAAGUCAUGAAAACCUUCUGGUUUUGAAAAAAGAUGGGGGCAGUUGCUGCUGACAGCAAAACAUGGAAUAAGGAGAAAUGGGGUGAAUGAUGUCCCCAGACGUUCUACAGUUGGCCAGUCAUGACCUUGAGUUACAGAUCCACAACUGAUCCAUGUCCAUGAACACUAUGUAGUCAUGACCAUGGAUAGCUGUCCAACGCUUACUUUGCCACGCAGUCUCCAUAUUGAGUGAAGGAACUCUGAUCCACUGGCAAUCAUGGUGCAAGGAGCAGGAUGUUUCGACCACCUGGUGAAGCUGCAACUUCUCACACGGGUCCUGGUUCUGCCUUUCACAGUCUUGCCAGUAGUUUGAAACCAGUGAGCUCAAUUCCCAAAUAUUUUUAAGGGUUCCUAGCACUCAUGGUUAUGAAAAGGACACUAUAUUAACAUGUCAGGACUGCCCCAAAUCAAAGCAAGAUUUGAGAAAGAGCUUUUCUUCAGCAAGAAGGCAAGGGGGACCUUUAUGUAUAAAAAGGUGGAGGAAAUGGAAGCAAAUGAACCAGAACCUAAGCAGGAAGGUGAAAAUUCAACCCCCAAAAUGGAUGUGUUCUGGCUCAGGAAUGUUUUUUCCUAUAGCUUUUGAAGCAAACAUGCUUGAAUCAAUUUUGGUGUAGAUUUUUUUCUCCACCUUGCUUAAUUUUUUCCUGUCUGGGAAAGUUACCUUUUUGGAUCUAUAACUCUCAUAAUCUUCCAAUCACCAUGGGGACUGUGAUCAAACUAAGUGGGAAAAGAAAAGAUUGCAAGGGAGGGAGGCACACUAUGUCUUUUCAUUUGGGUGCAAGAUGAUGUUUGAGUUGAUUGGAGUCUAUUUUGCAUCAUCACUAUUGUUGUAGUUUCCUUGAUUUAGCUUCUCUGUUUGCAGGCUUUGAAUUACAUUUAAUGAUAAAAAAUGAA